AUGUCAGCCUCCAACAACAAUCCGGGAAGUGGACAGACACCCCCAGAAUCGGGAGCAACGGCUACGGUGCCUACUGCCCUGCCAAUAGAAUCGAUCGAGCAAUCGUUCAGUGACACCGACUCAGGAUACGAAGAAGGCACCUUGUCGACGGCUUCGGUGACUUCCAGUAUCUACGCAUUUGAGCAGGAAAAUGGCAGGACUUACCACUCGUACAAGGCUGACAAAAAGUUCGUCCUUCCCAACGAUGAGGCUGAAAGAGAGCGCAUGGACAUCCACUACCACAGCCUUCGCUACGCUAUGAGAGAUAAACUCUUCUAUGCCCCGAUAGAGCACCCGACCUCAGUCUUUGACGUGGGGACAGGCACUGGUAUCUGGGCCAUGGACGUGGCAGACGCAUAUCCGGGAGCGCAAGUACUGGGCAUAGACUUGUCACCCAUCCAGCCCACCUGGGUGGCUCCAAACCUCGAGUUCCAGGUGUUUGAUCUGGAGGAGCCAUGGGACAUGCCUGGCCGGUUUGAUCUGGUGCACAGCCGCGAGAUGAAUGGUUUCUCGAUCAGGAACUGGCCCAAAUUCUUCGAACAAGCGUUUGCGUCCUUGAAGCCUGGUGGAUGGGUGGAGUGCCAGGAAUUCGAUCUGGAUAUCCGUUCCGACGACAACACCAUCCCCGCAAACAGUGCUGUGAUGAAGUGGCAAAGUCUGUGGGAAGAAGGUGUCCAAAGAGGUGGCAUGACCGGUCGAUGCUACCCAGAUAAGAUGGCGGAACAGAUGCGAGAAGUAGGCUUCAUCAACAUCCAAAUCUUACCAUUUAAAAUGCCAAUUGGACCCUGGGCCAAAGAUCCGAUGCUGCGACAAUCAGGACUAUGUACACUUGUCGGCCUGUUGGACGGCGUGUUUGGGUUGAGUGUCAGAGUGUAUACUCAGCUCCUUGGCUGGUCCGUCGAGGAGUUGGAAGCACUCCUGGUUCAGGUGCGCCAGGAAUGGAGGAGCAAGAGGAUUCACAGCUACUUCCCAAUAUACGUUGUCUAUGGCCAGAAACCGCCGUAA